AUGCGACGAGUUGGUAGGGUGCGAUGGCUAUCCACCGAUAGUGUUGUGGAACUGCUAUUGAAAGUAUCGCCAAAGGCCCACACUGAUAAGGGGUUACGUAUACCAUCGAAGUUUCAUGGUGGCGGCGCCCAGCUGGCAGCCCUCGUCAACCAAGAGGCCCAGCUUAACCACCACCACCAGGCGGUGAAAGACUGGCUUCUGCGGCUCAGCAGGCCUCAAUCGGCCUUUCUUGACGUGUCUACAAACAAAACCAGCGACCUCCAGGUGCCCCUGCUUCCGUUACUGAUAGAUAUGGGGAUAUUGGCUAAACCGAGUGAUGCUCAACAAAUGGUGGCUGGCUACGGCCAGGCGAUAUUGGAGGAGAAUGGCGUCAACAAUGCCGUGGUGGCAGCGGUGGGACAGGUGCUGUUCUUGUCACGGACGCCCAGUCUCGUGGCAGCCUACGUGGGGGCGUAUACGCUAAUGACCAAUAAGCUUCCCCAGGUGUGGCUCGAUGCCGUGAGGCAAACCAGACCUCCGCGACGGUUUAAGCUUACCGAACUACCCGUUGAGUCCAUUUCCAAUCGAAAUCAACGUCUUGAAGGGGAUAUUCUGGGCCAAUUCCCCAAAUAUCCAACUGGUCUUAUCGAUGUGGUGCGCCAUAUUGUUCAAGUGAAAGCUGCUGACGCCGGCCUCGCCGACACUGACGUGGAUCUGAUUGUUGCUGGCAUUUUACCGCUGAUAAACUCGCGUGCUGCUGUCGAGAGUGUCGAUGACCAGUUGAGCUUAUACCGGUCAGUCACGGCUCAAUUAAAACUGCUUACGUCACGUAAGUGUCUAUUUCUUAGCCAGUUAAUCAUGGAGAAAAAGAUUCCUUUAGCGCAAUUACCGGAGCCGGCUUCGGGACCGCUUGUACCCCCCGUCCCUCGACAAACAUGGCAGAACCGCUUCCACAUGAUUCCACAAGGGUCGAUCCAUCCCCGUGAUGGUCUGAGCCAUUGGAAACAACAACAGGUGGUCAAAGAUGCCCUCGGACGUGCCGUUAGAGUGGGGAGACUAGAAUGGGAGUUCUGGGUCAAUUUCCACUUUGAGAAGGAUGCUAAUACCAAAAAGUUGCUCUUAUCUCAAGGGUUUAUGGGAUGGGCGGUUGAUGCGAUCAAAUUCUGGCAAGUUCAGCCGGCACCAGACCUUCGUCUUCGUUUCCAGUCUUCAGUAACCAGUGAUCAAUUUUACCAGUUAAUUUACUGCUUAACCGUACCGGAACGGCUAAAGUACGUGGCUCGAGUGUCGCAAGCGUUCCGUGAAGUUCAAGGAAUAAUGGGACCGCAGAUGAGACAAGUUACACUGAGAUUAUCCACUUUCUUCAAUGACCGGGUUGGAGGGGUGGAUGAGCUCGCAGUGGCAGCCACGGUGGCUAAGCUUGGUCGGAUUAAACCAUCACAAACAUUAACGAAGACGGGCGAACUUGGACGCCAAUACUGUGACUACCACGCGGCUAAGUUCCAUGUGGGAUUUCGUCUCCACCGGUUUCUCGUUCAGGGACGGCUGACGAUGGCAGUAUUUGAUCAAUGUUACGGCCCCCAGUUCUACGAGAAGAUCGGCGAGGCGGUAAUCAGGGGAAUUGACGUCGACGGACUCAUAUCUGACGAGAUUGAGCGCGUGGCUCAUGUCAAACCAGGGACACUUGAGUUUGAGAAUAUCCCCCAUAUACGGCUCCCAGUGGGACCACCGGCCCAGCUCCUGCGGCUACGGCUUCCCAUACAGCUUGACAGCGAUCUCAGCAAGUUGCUCUGUCUCUACUACCAGCAGUGUCGCAGUCUUUUAGCGCAAAUUGACCCUGAGCUUACGGCUAAACCCUACGUCAAUCAGCUCCCCGAUACCAUCAGUAAAUUGGCAACAGUGGCCCACAAGUACUACCGAGUGCAAGUUGAGAGGCAGCAGAUGGUCACCGGCAAAGACUUGCGCCACAUGGUGCUGGGGGAGUACGCAUUCGACGUCAUUGAGGCCACCAUUGACUGGAGUCAGUCGGCAAUUCUACGUGGUGUCCACGCUGACGCUCAGCGCACGCCCUAUCAUAAGUUCCGCUACGCUCGCCAGAUGAUGGCCCAGCUUAUGGGCGUUUUAUACCUCCAGCACCCGUCGAUGGUGGACCACUGGGUGGAGCAGCAAGCGGCGGGGCUGUCCCAGUGA